UUUAGGCGCUGGUCGCCUGCGCUUAAACAACAUGAUGGACACGUUUUUAAAAUUUACAUUUAUUUCACUUGUAUAUAAUAUUGGAGCUCAUGGACAAGAAGUUAAAGACAGGUACUACCCACGUUACCACCUGGCUCCGCCCUACGGGUGGAUGAACGAUCCCAAUGGAUUUUGUGUCUACAACAACGAGUACCAUCUCUUUUACCAGCACAACCCUAACAGCAGCUUGACGUCCACGCUCGUGCACUGGGGUCAUGCCAAGAGCCCCGACCUCGUCAGUUGGGAACACCUCCCCAUUGCCAUGUACCCUGACCAGUGGUACGACGCAGGUGGAGUAUUUUCUGGAAGUGCGCUAGUUGAAAAUGAUACUAUGCACAUAUUCUACACCGGAAAUGUAAACUUUGAAGGACAAACGCCUGACCAUGCCAAUCGGCAAGCUUACGCAACGAGUACAGAUGGAGUCACUGUUACUAAAUACGCAAGUAACCCGAUCAUUCCUGGUGACGACCGCCAGCCAAAUUUCCGUGAUCCCAAAGUUUGGAAACACGAAGAUACGUACUACAUGGUCUUGGGAAAUUCCUACAAUAACGACAGCUUAGGUCGCAUUCUUCUAUACUCUUCCACUGAUAAGAUAAAUUGGAACGAAGUGUCUGUUCUCGACCAAUCUACCGGCACCCUUGGCUACAUGUGGGAAUGCCCUGAUUUCUUCGAGCUCGACGGAAAAUAUGUACUUCUGUUUUCACCACAAGGUGUUGCGGCUCAGGGGGAUAAAUACAAGAACUUGUACCAAACUGGUUAUAUAGUUGGUGAUUUUGAUUACUCGACUCUUAAAUUUACUCCUACAUCCGAAUUCAAGGAACUCGAUCACGGUCAUGAUGUGUACGCAACUCAGACUGUACUGGACAACCAUGGUCGUAGAAUUGUGAUUGCUUGGUUUGAUAUGUGGGACCAAAAUUACCCGGAACGCUACGAUGGUUUUACUGGUCUCAUGACCUUACCUAGAGAAUUGAAGCUGUCUUCAGAUGGAACUAUUAUUCAGAAGCCAGUAGAAGAAAUGUCUAGAGCUCAAGGGCGCAGUUUCACCCCCGGAAGAGAGCACAGGGGAAGCUCAAGAAUAUUUACUCUACGAAACAAAGCCGGAGAAAUUAAUGUUCGUGCUGAUGCUUCCAAUAACCUUUAUUUAUACAUUGAGUCCGGAUCUGUGCGAGUGACCCUAUCUUACGAUGCAGCCAAGGGCCAGGUGACGCUGGAUCGUGGAGGCACCGACGGUGUUCGUCGCACAGAAUGGAAACCUUCAGGGCAGUUGAAAUGGAGAAUCUUUGUGGAUGCGAGCUCUGUUGAGCUGUUUUGUGGAGAAGGCGAGGUAACUUUCUCGAGCCGAUUCUUCCCUGAUGGUCCUAUCAAAGUUCGCUUAGGACAACAGUCGAGGGCUGAACAUAUUAACGUUCAUGAGAUAGUGCGCACUGUCCCUCACGGUGGGCAUGAUAACGAGAGAUGGCACGUUUGUGUUGGAGGUUAAUGUGGUCACUUAAUAUUUGGUUUGUGAGUACCUAUCGCAGAUAAUUAUCAUUAUAAACAUGUAGUACCCAAGGAAGCGUAGGAAAUUAUUUAAUUCAUAUUUAAUUCAUUAUUUAUUUAAGAUACAAUUUAUUGAACUAUAGAUAAAUUAAAUUAUUUUGUAACAUAUAUAGACACGAUGUUACAUAUGUAGACAAGCUAAAGAAGGAGAAAAAUGUAACAUGAGUUACAAACAAAAAAAUUCGUUUUGUUCUUUCGAUUCUUUGAAUGUAUUUGUACAAAAAAGUAAAUGUCAUUUUUACUUUUUUUUUCGUAAAACCUAGUUUUUGCAAAAUGUUACUUGUUACUUUUUGAUAUCUAUCAAUAAGGAUAUUUUACAGUACAUAUGGAGUUACUUUCUCGCACUAGUGCGUAAAGAGUACUUUUCGUGCAUAUACCGAAAGUUUAAAGGGCCUUAUGUACUGUAAAACAUUGUACGAUACACGUGCGAAUAGGUAAUUCGCAACUCGUGUCGUUUUAAGACACUCCCUGCGGUCCUGUUUUAAUUUAUCGCCACUCGUUUCGAAUUUCCUCUUUUUCGCACUUGUAUCGUAAAUAACUAUUAGACUACGUCCCGUAGUGGCAACAUCGCCAUCAAAUAGGCGUUUUUCACUAUGUAACAAUAAACACAUGGUUUUUUUUUGGUAUUAACUCUAAAACUAAGCGAAUUACAGAAAAGUUUACAGGACAUUUUAAAUAUGAUCAAGAAUCAGGAAUACACUACUGUUAUAAUCUUUCGGGUUACUCGUGAACACCAUGUAU